AAAGAUAACAAAAUUAUUUUUACGAAUAUGAAAAUAAUUUAGUUAAAAAAUGACUAGGUUGUUUUAUAAAAAUUUUAUGAUGGCUGCCGAUAUUAAAUGGCAUUCAGUGAUACUUAUUAACGUCAAAAAGUCUUGAAAAAAAUUUAGAAAUAAAUAUUUUUCUUUUUACUUGAAAUAAAUUGUAUAGUUAAUUAGUAAAUAUGGGGAAGGGGUUUAAUAAUUAUAUGUGUAAGAAAUUUUUUCAUCCAGCUUCGAGAGAUAAUCUAAAACGAGUAUGGAUGGCAGAACAACAAGCUGAAGCUUAUAAAAAAAAGCAAGAAGAAUUACGUGUUCAAUAUGAGAAAGAGCAAGAUCUUCAUAAUAACAAAGCACUUUUAAGUAAAGAGAGCAAGGAUAAAUUAAGUGUUAAUUUUAUGUAUGAGCCUCCUCCAGGAGCAAAAAAAGAAAGAGAAAAAGAAGAUAACGAACCAGAAUAUAAAUUUGAAUGGCAACGCAAAUAUAAUGCUCCAAGAGAAAGUUAUUGUAAAGGAGAUAGUGAAAUUAGAGAUCAACCUUUCGGCAUUCAAGUUCGAAAUGUUAGAUGUAUUAAAUGUCACAAGUGGGGCCACAUAAAUACAGACAAAGAAUGUCCUUUAUACAGUCAAGCAAUGAGCGUAGUAAUGGCAAAUAAUUCAAAUAUACCACAGACACCUGAUGCUUUAACUUUGGUGCAACAAAUGCGAGAAGAUGGAUUAGCACUUAAGAAAUCUGCACUGGAUGCCCAACAACAUUUACGUGUACCUGGGCAUGAGCAUUUGAUGGUUUCUGAUGACGAAGAAAAUUCUGAGAUUACAUUUCUAAAAACUCUUUCAAAGCAAGAAAAGAAGAAAUUGUUAAAGAAACUUCAAAAACUUGAGAAGAAGAAUAUGAAAAUAAAGCACAAAAAAUUGAAGAAAAGAAAAGUUCGAAAUAGUAAAAAGUCUCAUGCUAGUAGUAGUAGUAGUAGUAGUAGUAGUAGUAGUAAUAGUAGUAAUAGUAGUAGUAAUAGUAAUAGUGGAAGCUCAAGUGAUACUGAUUGUAAAAAUAGCAAUAAUAGUAUCAGUGAUGACGCUAGCAGUAGUAGUAGUGAUAGUUCCAGUACAGAAAGUAACAGAAAAAAGUGGAAGCACAAAAGAAAAUCACAAGGAAAGACAGGAAUAAAUUCUCAUGCAAAUCACAAUUCUAAUCGACAUAAAGAUAAAGAACGAAAAACAAAACAUAAGUUGGAGGACAAAUACAAAUCAAAUAAUAAAAUGAAGGAUGAAAAAAGGAAUAGGGAAAAGACCAUUGAUCACUGCGAAAAUCGUAAAAGAAAAAAUAAUGAAUUACAUAGUGACAAGAAACGUAAAAAACACUAAAAGAAAGUAAAGCAUUUCUAUGUUGAAGAAUUGAAAAAAGAAAAAGAAAAA